AUGACGCUGCUCGACGAGAAAAAGCCUGGCCUCGAAUCAGGUUCAGCGCUAAUGGCAAACGGACCACAAGUGCUGCAUGAUCACGUUGCUUCGACUUUCAAGGCUUCACUGAGACGACCACUUCCGCAGAUUGAAGUGCGAUUCAAGAAUCUAUCCAUUUCGACCGACAUUGCAGUGACAGAGGAAAACCGAGACAAAUACGAGCUUCCGACGUUAUGGCAUGCAUUCAAAAAGACAUUGACAAAGUGUUCAGCACAGCAACACGUUGUGCGAAAAGAGAUUCUUAAAAAUAUCAGCGGGGUCUUUAAACCUGGCACUCUCACUCUCGUUCUCGGACAGCCUGGAUCCGGCAAAUCUUCGUUAAUGAGAAUACUCAGCAAUCGGUUUCCGAUGGACUCUAGCAUCACAGUAGAAGGCGACAUAUCAUUUAAUGGUGACCCAUUAGCAAAAGUAUCCAAGAGGUUGCCACAAUUGGUCUCGUACGUUCCUCAACGCGAUAUACAUUUUCCACUCUUGACUGUAAAAGAGACACUCGAAUUUGCGCAUGAAACUGCUGGUAGAAAAAUCAUUCAUCAAGCUUUGUCAAAGCACUAUCCAGAUGUGAUCAUCCGUCAGCUUGGUCUCACGAACUGUCAGGACACGAUUGUUGGAGAUGUCAUGCAUCGUGGUGUCUCAGGUGGUGAGCGCAAGCGUGUCACAACCGGAGAAAUGGAGUUUGGUUCAAAGACUGUGGUCUUUAUGGAUGAGAUCAGCACUGGAUUGGACAGUGCCGCCACCUUUGACAUCAUCAGUACACAGCGCAGUGUCGCCACAAAUCUGAACAAGACGGUUGUAAUUGCACUGCUACAACCUUCACCAGAGGUUUUUGAGCUCUUUGAUGAUGUACUCAUCCUAAACGAUGGUGAGAUCAUAUACCACGGUCCCCGUGGCCAAGUGGAUAGCUACUUUGCGUCCAUGGGCUUCGUCCGACCUCCUGGACGUGAUGUGGCUGAUUUCGUCCUCGAUCUAGGAACCAAACAACAGCGCCAGUAUGAGCCUUCGGUGUCCAAUGGUCAGAACGAGAUUCCACGCCAAGCAGCAGAAUUUGCAGCACUUUUCCGCCAAUCUCACAUCUAUCAAGAGUCGCUGCGUCUACUGGAUGCCCCGCUUGACCGUGUCUUAUUGAACCACAAAGCCGAGGAUAUGGACUCAGUACCGGGAUUUCAACAAUCCUUCUGGGAAAGCACGUCUACACUCAUGCGCCGACAGUUUAUGCUUACGAUUCGUGAAAAAGAGUUUCUCAUUUCACGUAUAGUUAUGACGACGAUUAUGGGAUUGAUCAAUGCUUCCACUUUUUGGAAUGUCGACCCGACGAAUGCUCAAUUGAUGUUAGGAGUGCUAUUCCAGUCUAUCCUCUUUUUAGCGAUUGGACAAACCUCGUUGAUUCCACUGUUCAUGAGCGCACGGAGCAUCUUUUACAAACAACGAAGUGCCAACUUUUACAGAACGUCCGUCUACGUCCUAUCAUGCUCCGUGACGCAGCUUCCGUUAGCAAUUGGUGAAAGCCUUAUCUUUGGUACUCUUAUCUACUGGCUCUGUGGCUUCGUUAAUGCUGCUGGCAAUUACAUCAUUUUCAUGGUUCUUCUCACGUUAACCAACACGGCAUUUGCUGCAUGGUUUUUCUUAAUCACGGCUGUGUCGCCCGACAUUCAUAUUUCCAAGCCAGUUGCUAUGAUGUCAAUUGUCUUUUUCAUUCUAUUUGCGGGAUUUGUUGUGACGAAAAACCAGUUGCCCGACUAUUUCAUCUGGUUUUAUUGGCUGAACCCGAUUUCCUGGUGCCUACGAGCUCUUGCGGUCAACCAAUAUCGCUCCUCAACCUUUGAUGUGUGUGUGUACGAUGGUUUUAACUUUUGUGCUACGUUUGACUUGAACGCCGGCGAAUACUUUAUGUCGCUCUUCGAGAUUUCCACGGAUAAGUUCUGGAUCAUUUGCGGCGGUAUUUUCAUGAUUGUCGCCUACAUUGUAUUUAUGACUCUCAGUUUUCUCGUACUCGAAUAUAUGCGAUACGAUAGCCCUGAGCAAGCUUCAAUCUCGAAAAAACUCGUCGAGAACGAAGACAGCUAUGUCGCUCUGAAUUCACCAAAGAGUGUUGGUCUGCAAGCAGCUCAACCAGCCGAUUCGACGGUACUUGAUAUUAAUAACAAGGAGAAGAAUUUUGUUCCUGUAACGCUUGCCUUUCAAGAUUUGUGGUACUCGGUAAAAUCGCCCUCGAACCCCAAUGAGUCACUCGACUUGCUCAAAGGGAUUAGUGGGUUUGCGAUGCCUGGCUCCAUCACUGCACUCAUGGGGUCAUCUGGUGCUGGCAAAACGACGCUGAUGGACGUGAUUGCUGGUAGAAAAACGGAAGGAACGAUCAAAGGAAAGAUCCUGCUCAAUGGCUAUGAAGCCACUGACUUGGCAAUAAGACGAUCUACCGGCUAUUGUGAACAAAUGGACAUCCACUCGGAGGCAUCGACGUUUCGAGAAGCUCUCACAUUCAGCUCGUUCUUGCGCCAAGACAGCAGUGUUCCGCACAGCAGAAAAAUUGACUCCGUCAACGAAUGUCUGGAUCUCUUGGACAUGCACGACAUUGCAGACCACAUCAUACGAGGCAGCUCUGUGGAGCAAAUGAAGCGCUUGACGAUUGGUGUCGAGCUAGCUGCUCAGCCUAGUGUUUUGUUCCUGGAUGAACCUACGAGUGGGUUGGAUGCACGGUCGGCGAAAUUGAUUAUGGAUGGUGUACGCAAAGUAGCUGACAGUGGUAGAACCAUCGUUUGCACGAUCCACCAGCCAUCGACCGAGGUCUUCCUCGUAUUUGACAGUCUAUUGCUGCUGAAGCGUGGCGGUGAGACGGUUUUCUUUGGAAAUCUAGGUACCAAUUGUCAACAUUUGAUCGACUACUUUAGCAGCAUCCCAGGCUCUCCAGAGUUGUUGAAGGGCUACAACCCUGCGACUUGGAUGCUUGAAUGCAUCGGAGCAGGUGUUGGCAAGAACUCGAGCAACGACGUCGAUUUUGUUGAAUACUUUAACCAGAGUAAGGAGAAACAGGCAUUGGUUGCCAACAUGAACGUGGAGGGUGUGACGUCCCCAUCAUCUCAAACAAAAGAACUGACUUUCGACCGCAAACGUGCUUCGUCCUCAAUGACUCAAGCAAAAUUUCUUCUUAUUCGCUUCGUGCGCAUGUACUGGCGAACUCCUACGUACAACAUCACGCGUAUGAUCAUUGCCCUUAUGCUGGGUCUUUUAGCUGGUCUUGUCUUCGUCGAUGCCAACUACACGAGCUAUCAAGAACUGAACAGUGGAGUAGGUAUGUUGUAUCUCAUGGCUCUUUUCAACGGCCUCGUGUCGUUCAGCAGUGUGCUUCCGAUUGCUAGUAACGACCGAGCCUCUUUUUAUCGUGAACGUGCUUCCCAAACAUACAACGCUCUCUGGUAUUUCGUGGGCUCCACGAUUGCCGAAAUUCCCUACAGCUUUAUUUCCGGUGCCCUCUUUACAGCUGUUUUCUAUCCUAUGGUCGGAUUUGAAGGCUUAGGAGCAUCAAUUCUCUUCUGGAUCAACCUGUCUAUCUUAAUGCUUAUGAUGACGUACAUGGGACAGCUAUUCGUCUAUGUCAUGCCAAACCUCGAAGUUGCAGAUGUACUUGGAUUGCUCAUCUCUUCCAUUUACAUCUUGUUUAUGGGAUACAACCCGCCAGCUUCAGAGAUCCCGAGCGGUUACAGGUGGUUAUACGACAUAACUCCUUAUACGUACUCGAUUGGCAACCUUGUUGCUCUAGUCUUUGCAAAUUGCGAUGAUUUACCAUUAUGGGAUGAAACGACACAACAGUACGUUGGUGGGGGAUCUGCACUCGGUUGCCAAAUUGUGACUGGCACACCGCUAAACAUCGAACGCACUACUGUCAAGGAAUAUGUCGAAAAUGUUUUCAAUAUAAACCAUGACAAUUUGUGGCGCAAUUUCGGCAUUGUCUUCGCAUUCAUCUUUGUGUACCGAAUUUUGGGUCUUUUAGCGCUUCGAUUUGUAAAUCAUCAGAAGAGAUAA